CGUGUCCGUGCCGUCAGAGCGGCCGGAAGCGCCGCUGGGAGCAGUAAACAAGCGCGUCGGGAGUCGCGGUCGCUGCUUCCAUCUUGGAGGAGCCCGCGCCCACCGGGGACCAUGGGCAGCGUCCUGGGCCUCUGCUCCAUGGCGAGCUGGAUACCAUGCUUGUGUGGAAGUGCCCCGUGCCUGCUUUGCCGAUGCUGCCCCAGUGGAAACAACUCCACCAUAACUCGGCUGAUUUACGCCUUCUUUUUACUUCUUGGCGUGAGCGUUGCCUGUGUGAUGCUAAUACCAGGCAUGGAAGAGCAGCUGAAGAAGAUUCCUGGAUUUUGUGAUGGAGGGUUGGGAACAAGUAUUCCUGGUGUGCAGGGCCAUGUGAACUGUGAUGUCCUGGUUGGCUACAAGGCCGUGUACCGUGUGUGCUUUGGCAUGGCCAUGUUCUUCCUUCUCUUCUCCUUGUUGAUGAUCAAAGUGAAGAGCAGCAACGACCCCAGAGCAGCGGUGCACAAUGGAUUCUGGUUCUUUAAAUUUGCGACGGCACUUGCAAUUAGUGUUGGGGCUUUCUUCAUACCUGAGGGACCAUUUACAACUGUGUGGUUUUAUGUAGGUAUGGCUGGAGCAUUCUGCUUCAUUCUUAUUCAGCUGGUCUUGCUUAUUGACUUUGCCCAUUCCUGGAAUGAAUCUUGGGUUGAAAAAAUGGAGGAAGGAAACUCAAGAUGCUGGUAUGCAGCUCUGCUCUCAGCUACAGCUGUCAACUAUCUGCUGUCUCUAGUAGCUAUUGUCUUGUUUUAUGUUUAUUACACUCAUCCAGAAGGUUGUUCUGAAAACAAGACGUUCAUCAGUGUUAAUAUGCUCCUGUGCAUUGGUGCUUCUGUAAUGUCAAUUCUGCCAAGGAUUCAGGAAUCUCAGCCAAGAUCUGGUUUGCUGCAGUCUUCGGUGAUCACAAUUUACACAAUGUAUUUGACUUGGUCUGCUAUGACCAAUGAGCCAGACAGGCGCUGUAACCCCAGUCUGCUGAGCAUCAUUGGUUACAACAGCACCACCAUUCCAACCCAAGGUCAGGUAGUUCAGUGGUGGGAUGCACAAGGAAUUGUAGGACUUGUUUUGUUCUUGCUGUGCGUUCUCUAUUCAAGCAUCCGGACAUCCAACAACAGCCAAGUUAACAAGCUGAUGCUGACCAGUGAUGAAUCAACACUGAUAGAGGAUGGAAUGCCCAGGAGUGAUGGCUCCCUUGAUGAUGGAGAUGAUGUUCACCGAGCUAUAGAUAAUGAGAGGGAUGGAGUUACUUACAGUUACUCUUUCUUCCACUUCAUGCUUUUCCUGGCAUCACUCUAUAUCAUGAUGACACUUACCAACUGGUACAGUCCGGAUUCUUCUUACGAGACAAUGACCAGCAAGUGGCCGUCUGUGUGGGUGAAGAUCUCUUCCAGCUGGAUUGGCAUCGUGCUGUACGUGUGGACUCUGGUGGCUCCGCUGGUUCUUACCAACCGCGACUUUGACUGAGCUGUGCUGCUCUGGAGGGAGGCUGUGUUAGCACCACAUGUCCCUGAAACAAACAGUAUUCCGGGUAAUAGUGCGGGUGUAAAUACGUGCGUGUGUGUGUGUGCGUGUGCUGUCCAGGUAGUAUUCCCUGCUUUAUCCUGCAUGAUUACCUUGAAUCAUGUCUUGUCAUUUCAUUAAAUGACUUUUUCUAGCUGAGCUCAAUGGUAA